CAAAUAAGCAAGUUAAAAAACAAAAAAAAAAAACACCAAACUAGCUCUUAAUCCAUAUUUUUCCAGUAAUAAUGGCGGAUGAUUCAAGAAUUAUUGAUGGAGAUAAGAAUGAUGAUGAAGAUAUAAUGUUGGAGUUAUCUAUUGGUGGAAUUUUUGGCAAACCGAAAAAAAAGAAUUUGAAUUUGAAGGAACAGAAUUUAGAUGACCAUGAUAAUGUUGAAUAUAACCGCGAUAUUCGACGUGAAUUGAAGAGAAAAAGAGAAGAAAAUUUGAAAGAAUUGGUUGCUUUUGGUUCGUGUGGUUCGGUUAGUGGUCCGUUUGUUGAGAAUAAGGAAUGGUUAGAGACACAAAUUGGUCUUCCACAAAACGGUGACGUUUUGGAUGUAUGGAAAAAAGAAAAGACUAAUGGGGAUAAUUUGGUUUUGCGGCCUAUGGCUUGUCGGAUUUCCAAGCCGUGUCAAGCGAUGAAUUCAAAUGGUUGUGGUGGAUCGUCCUCUGGAUAUUCUGAUGGCCUAUGUUCAUGUCACCAAGGUAAUCCUACAGGCUAUUGCAGAAGCAUUUCAAGCAACUCUCAGCUCGAUCAACAAUACCCAAGUACUUCUACGACGACAAGUGACCUGUUGGACUCAUGUGAUCAACCCACCGGUUCAUCAAGCCAAACCGUAUCACUAUCCGUGCCCAGUCAAGUGAAACUAAACGACCAAUUGAACUCACAUACAUCAAUAAGUUUUUCAAACUCGCCUAAAAACCAUGAGACCGACAGCCAACGCAAGCUAGCCUCUUUUCUAGCUCGAAUGCCAUGUGUUUCGACAACUGGAAAUGGGCCAAAUGGGAAGAGAGUUAGGGGGUUUCUGUAUAGAUACACAAAAAAUGAAGUGACAAUUGUGUGUAUAUGUCACGGUCAAUCAUUCUCUCCGGGUGAGUUCGUGGAGCAUGCUGGGGGUGUUGAUGUGGUUCACCCUUUGAAACACAUCACCAUAUUUCCGACUACUUUUGCAUCUUGACAUACUUGUAGAUUUUGAGUAGCUGGCAUAACAUAUAUAUGACAGCUUGCUUAGUGAUCACAGGUCUAAUGAACUGGCCGGUAUUUAACCAGUCUAAUGUAUUUUGGUUAGUAUACGUUUAUUUUUGUUGCUUAA